AUGUUCUGUCUCGGUACUUCUCUGAGACUCGUUCCUGUUUGUGUACGCGCUUUCCCCCGAUGCUUCUCGUCUAUCAUCCCGGGAUUAGAUGAGCCAAUUGGGGACGAAAUACAAAGAACAGCCUCCCUCUACGUCCAUUGGCCGUACUGUCUCAGAAGAUGUUCGUACUGCAACUUCAAUAAAUACAUUUCCAGAUCAAGCAAUAAUAAUGACUCCAUUACCGAGUGUCUUCAAAAAGAGACUCAAACCUUGAUUCGACUGAGUCAAGUUUCAUGCAUCACUUCAGUGUUUUUUGGAGGAGGGACACCGAGCUUAGCCCACCCUUCAACCAUCGCAGCAGUGCUUGAAUCCAUUUCACAACAAGCUCAUAUUCCUCACAAUGUUGAGGUGACACUGGAGGUCAACCCCACCCCCCUUGGAAGAUCAAAGUUGGAGGACUUUUACCAUGCUGGAGUGAACCGCUUCUCAAUUGGCAUUCAGACUCUCAAUGAUGAAGAUUUGUGCGUUCUGGCGAGAGACCACAGUUCCCACGAUGCAUUGCGGACCGUAGAGGAGGCAUCGCGGCUGUGUCCUGGCAGAGUUUCUGUUGACCUGAUGUUCGGGCGCCCUCUGCAGACGGCCCACUCCUGGGACAGGGAGUUGAAGGAGGUGUUGCAGGUGUGUGAUGACCACCUGUCGCUGUACCAGCUCACUGUGGAAAGAGGAACACAGCUUUUCAAACAGGUGCAACAAGGAGAAGUGACAAUGCCUGGAGAUGAAAUCACUGCUGACAUGUAUGAAAGAGCCAGGGCUCUUCUCCACCAGCACGGCUUUCAGCAAUAUGAAGUGUCCAACUUUGCACGACGUAAUGCUGUCAGCCAUCACAAUCUCAGUUAUUGGAAAGGGAGACAGUACAUUGGUGUUGGACCAGGAGCACACGGCAGAUUUGUUCCCCUCGGUGAGGGAGUUGUUUGUCGAGAGGCCAGGACCCAAACUUUGGAGCCUGAAGUCUGGAUGUGUGAGGUCCAGAAGAAGGGACAUGGCACCCGAAGGAGGAUUCAGCUGCGGCCAUAUGAACUAAUAGAGGAGGUGUUGGUGAUGGGAAUGAGAAUGACCAACGGAAUAACGCACAAGCACUGGCAGUGUUUCAGUCCACACUUCAACCUCCAUCAUGUUUUUGGUUCCUCACCGAGUGUUCAAGGUUUACUGCAAAGUGGAAAUCUAGUAUUAGAUGAAAGAGGUCUUCGCUGCUCAUAUGAGGGUCUGUCCUUACUGGACAGUAUACUACCCACUCUGCUAUUGGAGAUUGAACAGAUAUAUGCUCCAAAACAAAAAGACAAUCACAUUUUUUACAAUUCAAGGUGA